CUCCCGCUCUCCGCAACCUCCACCUCCCGACGGAGCCUGCGGACGUGCCACGGCGCCCGCGCCGGCCGCCCGGGGCCUCGGGCAGCUUCCUUCCCGGCGCGUGAGGCUGACGCACUGCCCGCUUCCCGGUUCCGCCCCGCCCCUCCCGGCGCGGCGCGCCCGUCCCCGGCCUGGAGACGCGACCCCACGCGGCCGCCCCCCGCCCCUGCGAGGGAGUCGGGGUCCUCCCAGCUCCCAGAGCUGAAACGAAAGCCCGAGAGGUCUGUGUUUUCCUGCAGGGCCUGGCCCCGCCACCGCCCCACACCACGCAUUCCGGGCCGGUCCUUCCGCAUCUCAGUGCAAGGAAAUGAAACCUCCGACCUGCAGGGGUCGGUGUGGCCGGAGGCCUCCUUCACUACACGCCAGCACCCGAGGCCGACCGAGACAAAAAAAGUGGGUAAGUGGGGUAGGGAGGCGGGGCUAACCGGAAGGGGCGGGGCCUUCCGCUACCAAGCCCUUCCAGGGGGUGCUCUCCUCCUUCGCCCCGCCCCUCGCCCCGCCCGGGCGGCCAUGGCCAUUCCCAGCAUCCCCUAUGAGAGACGGCUUCUCAUCAUGGCGGACCCUAGAGAUAAGGCGCUUCAGGACUACCGCAAGAAGCUGCUGGAGCACAAGGAGAUCGACGGCCGUCUCAAGGAGUUAAGGGAACAGUUAAAAGAACUUACCAAACAAUAUGAAAAGUCUGAAAAUGAUCUGAAGGCCCUACAAAGUGUUGGGCAGAUUGUGGGUGAAGUACUUAAGCAAUUAACUGAAGAAAAAUUCAUUGUUAAAGCUACAAAUGGACCAAGAUAUGUUGUGGGUUGUCGUCGACAGCUUGACAAAAGUAAGCUGAAGCCAGGAACAAGAGUUGCUUUGGAUAUGACUACAUUAACUAUCAUGAGAUAUUUGCCAAGAGAGGUGGAUCCACUGGUUUACAACAUGUCUCAUGAAGACCCCGGGAAUGUUUCAUACUCUGAGAUCGGAGGGCUAUCAGAACAGAUUCGGGAAUUAAGAGAGGUGAUAGAAUUACCUCUUACAAACCCAGAAUUGUUCCAGCGUGUAGGAAUAAUACCUCCAAAAGGCUGUUUGUUAUAUGGACCACCAGGUACAGGAAAAACACUCUUGGCACGAGCUGUUGCAAGCCAAUUGGACUGCAAUUUCUUAAAGGUUGUAUCUAGUUCUAUUGUAGACAAGUACAUUGGUGAAAGUGCUCGUUUGAUCAGAGAAAUGUUUAAUUAUGCCAGGGACCAUCAGCCAUGCAUCAUUUUUAUGGAUGAAAUAGAUGCUAUUGGUGGGCGUCGGUUUUCUGAGGGUACUUCAGCUGACAGAGAGAUUCAGAGAACUUUAAUGGAGUUACUGAAUCAAAUGGAUGGAUUUGAUACUCUACAUAGAGUUAAAAUGAUAAUGGCUACAAAUAGACCAGAUACAUUGGAUCCUGCUUUGCUUCGUCCAGGAAGAUUAGAUAGAAAAAUACAUAUUGAUUUACCAAAUGAACAAGCAAGAUUAGAUAUACUGAAAAUUCAUGCAGGUCCCAUUACAAAGCAUGGUGAAAUAGAUUAUGAAGCAAUUGUGAAGCUGUCAGAUGGAUUUAAUGGAGCAGACCUGAGAAAUGUUUGUACUGAAGCAGGUAUGUUUGCAAUUCGUGCUGAUCAUGAUUUUGUAGUACAGGAAGACUUCAUGAAAGCAGUCAGAAAAGUGGCUGAUUCUAAGAAGCUAGAGUCUAAAUUGGACUACAAACCUGUAUAAUUUACUGUAAGGUGUUUUGAUGGCUGCAUGAUAAUGACUUCAUGUAAAAAUAAAAUUAAGGAAAAUAAUGUAUAUAUUGGCAAUGAUCUCAUUAAAAGAGUAUGAAUAAAAAUAAGUAUAAAUAACACUAUAAAAAUUAGUUCAGUAAUUCUGCUUUUAAAAUUGGUACAGAAGAAAUUUGUAUGUUCAUGUUGCAUUUAUUGCAGCAGAAGUUAUAAAAGAGUAUGUUGGAGCUCUUCAUAUUUGCUGUGUGAACAUUUUGUAAAACAUUGAAAGUGGUUUGAGAUAACAGUACAAGAGAGCAUUUCUUAUGACUUACUUUAAAUCAUUUAUUUUCUUCAUCCGAAAAAGUUGAAUAAAAUCUGUUUGAUUUGAUAUAUUAUUUGAUAUUGAAUACAUAUAUUAUUCAUUCUUGUCUUUUUUAACAAUACAUUUACUAUGGCCCUUUAGGUUCUUUAGUAAACGAACUAUUUAAAAACCAAGAUGAAGUUAUAUUAGAUGGUAAGCUUUUGGAUUUUAGUUUAAAACAGUACCCAUUAUGUACUCUUAAAUACUCUUAAGCUCUUAUGAAUACCUUGUUAUGUAUAACAUAGAUUAUGUGUGUACGUCUCUGUAUAUUCCUCCUUUGUGAUAGUUAGAUUGACAUGCACCUCCAUAACCUUCUUUUAGAUUAUGAUUAAAUUAGUAUUUGCUAAUAGACUUGGUUUUCUUGAUUGAUGUGAGAUCAUAGUUCCCUUUUGAGAAUGUCACUGUCUGGACCUUCUUCCCAGAAAAAUUCACACAUACGUACACACAGUUUUGUGGAUGCUGAGACUUCAAGGAAAUUUAAUAUUUACCAAGCUCACUUGAGGACUGUAUAGGUAUCUAUGGAUACCAGGCCAAGAAUGUCUGAUGUAGGGGAUGUUGAUGUCAGAAAUGUUCAAAACAAAGUUGUUCCCUAUACACAAUUCUUAUAUCAUGUGGCAAUUAAAGCUUUUAACUCAUCA